ACACAAAUUGAAACAUACUUUUGAAUAUUAUAUUAAAUUUCUUCCAAGUCCAUUCCGCUAGAUGACAUUAAAUUUUACACACUGCACCUUUAACAAGUAACAGCAUCAUUUUGGAGCUAAAAUCCUAACCUGCAAAGUCGUAACUCCUGCCUUAAAGUCAAUGUGGCGGACUAAAAAACUUUAAUUUAUCUCUGAAGAUACAUUAUAGUGAAAAAAAUGUCUCUCUGAAAUCGACAUUCUCAGAGAAGGGGUCAGCAGUUGUAAUACAUGAGUAAGUAAAUGUGCUCAGUCACUUCCCACCUCUCUGUGGAGGCAGCAGCAGGCAGCAUGUCGUAUAUAAAGCCAGAGAGCUCCUGGAAACAUCUGGACCGGGGAGAGCAGCAGCGCACGGAGGGCUGCACGAUGCACGUCUUCGCUAUUCUCUGGACACUCGGGUUUCUGCUGAAAGAGGCGCACGCAUGGGGCUUCAAAAACGGAAUAUUUCACAAUUCAAUAUGGCUGGAACAAGCAGCUGGAGUUUACCACCGGGAAUCUCGCAAAGGGAGAUAUCAGUUGACGUAUAAAGAGGCCAAGGCUGUCUGCAAAUACGAGGGAGGAACACUGGCCACUUAUGAACAAUUGGAGGCAGCUCGACAAAUAGGUUUCCAUGUGUGUGCCGCUGGAUGGUUUGGCAAAGGACGUGUUGGUUACCCCAUCGUCAAAGCUGGUGUCAACUGUGGUUUUGGAAAAGUUGGCAUCAUCGACUAUGGAUACAGGCUGAACAAAAGCGAGAAAUGGGACGUGUACUGCUACAACCCAAACUCCAAAGAGUGUGGUGGUGUGCUGACCGAUCAGCAGAGGAUCAUUCAGUCUCCUGGCUUCCCUGAGGAGUAUCAGGAUGAACAGAUCUGCUACUGGCACAUCCGUGUGCGCCUGGGUCAGAGGAUCCGCCUGCACUUCCUGGAGUUUGAUGUGGAGGAAGACACAGCGUGUCUUGCAGAUUACCUGGACGUCUACGACAGCUACGAUGAUGUCUCAGGGUUUGCUGGCAGGUUCUGUGGCGAUUAUUUACCUGACGAUAUCAUCAGUACAGGAAACGUGAUGACACUAAAGUUCCUGUCUGAUGCUUCAGUUACAGCUGGGGGCUUCCAGUUGCAAUAUACUGCCUUCAAUGCAUCUCUGUAUUCACACAAUUACACUAACUAUUAUCACUGACCAAUGGUUUUAUACACUGAUGUAAAAUGUAGUAGUAUUAGUAAUUCUUGAGUCUUUAUAGUUGAUUAAAGAAAUAAUUAUGUUGAAUAAAAAAGGUCAUUGAAUUUUGCUGCAGUUUCUGACAUUGUUUUUCUUCUCUGGUCUUAUUUCUUCCUCUUAUCUUGUAGAAAAAAAAACAAUCUUGACUUUGUAUUCAUCCGUCCAAGUCUUACUCUAUAGAUUUUUUUUCAAUUCAAUUCAAAAAUACUUUAUUCGCCCUCAAGGGGCAAUUUGAGGCAAACAAUUUAAAAAACCUAAAAAAAAAAACCCAAAUAUGACAAUGUCAGAAUGAGUUUAAACACACAGGGAUUAAUGGCAGUGGCCGGUCUACAGCUGGCCCACAAUAUCCAACACCAGAAAGGCACAAAAGAGUCAAAAGUGUGAGUGCAUGAAUUUAUCAGUCUGUACACGAGGUAGCUGACCAUUUCUUGUACUGUGGCUGUUCACAAGUCUAAUGGCUCAGGUUCUGGUCUGGUUUCCAGUUAUGUUAUUUAUAGACUUUCACACUGUCAAGUCUUUUCAUAGCAUAACAACCAUGACUAUGGCAUUUUGUGAACAGGUAUUUGGGUUAACACUGUUGCAUCUCUGUUUUUAAUACCUCAUCUGUGCGUCUGUUAUGAUCCACCACUGUCUUUUAAAUACAUACUUAAACUUUGUAUUUAUAAAGACAAUACUGUACGACAUUAAGUUCCAGCAGACCUAAUUGGAGCUUUUGAUUCAUAACUCACACUGCACUGUGACUUUUGUUCUUUAUUAUUUUAACUGUAUUUAAAUGUGACUUUUUUAUAAUGCAUUGUGUUUCUUUUACAUUUUGUUUUGA